CAGGUUUGGGGAUAUUUCUCUAGAAUCUGAAGAAUGCAUGCGGCGUUUGUUUACCUAAACGUCGUCGACUUCCGGGUUUACCUUUUAAAUAUUUUCAGUGAAGAGAUUUUCUCCUGCCUCACCUGACAUGUUUUCAUGUUCACCUGUCUUUAAUGUACCUGUCUGAGUUUCCUGCUCUCAUGUCUGAGGAGGACCGAGACGGAGUCACACCUGCGCUGCUGUGAGUACAGACCAUAGACUGUAUAUAGAAUAUACAGUGAAUAGGAUCAAUACGAUCAGAUAUGUUUGUUAUCUUUGUUCUAUGAUUUGGGUAAGUGUGCCGAUUUCAGGACAACGUGAUGCAGAUACAGAGGCGAUAACAGAACUAUCCUAACGUUGCUAUAAUUGACGUGUAAUUCACGUUAAUUGACUGAACACAAAAUUUAAUGAAUGGUUUUUCAUAUCCUUAUGUAUGACAUAAAAGACACUGGACUCGUUUAUUUAUUUAAUUAUUAUUAUUAUUAUUUUGUUUUGUUUUGUUUUGUUUUUUUGCGGCGUUCCCGGAUGAGGAUGAGGGAUUUAUGUAAAGUGAUGCUUCUUACCAUGCUCAAGAAUUUCAUUAUAACCUUUUCUGAAAAGUUAGUAGUUAAAUUUUUAUCAAUCUAGGACUGUCCGUUUUCCUACUACAGAGUAUUAGGGCCACUUUAAGAAAAAAUAAAUUAAGACCCCGAGAUUAAAGUCAUUACUUACUUCUGAUAAUGCGGUGCUGAUGUGCCAAACGAUGAAGUAUCUCCUUGUUUGAGAAACAUAUAUUGAAUUACAUUUUCAUGACAUGCUCCAUGGCUCUUAUUUUAACAUGUCAUCUUAAACAACAGGUUAGAAUAUAACCUCUCGUAAUUAAUUACUUUACUACGACUUUAUUCUCGUUACUCAUUCCUUUAAUCUCAUAAAUUAAUGACUUUAAUCUCGAAGUCUUAAUUUUUUUUUCUCGUCGUAUUUUUUCAAUACAUACAAAUUAAGAGCACCAACAAACUUUAACGUAACUAACAUUCAGCUAAAUUGAGUCAUAAAUAUGUUUAUUGAACGCGCUCAUAUCUUCAUGGACGGUGAACUGAGCCGCCCGGUUUAUAACUCAUGAAUGGGAAUGGGAGUUGUUGUAGUUCAUUCCUGGGACAGUGACCUAUGCUCACAUUCCGAGAGGGGACGGAAGGUGCCGAGAGACGAGGGGAGUUGCCGAGAGGUGACAAGCAGAGCUGCAGAUCUGCAGCACUCUCCAUGCAUUCAACAUGGUGACAGAACAUAUUUUGUCUCAUAAGUAAACAAUUCGAUUUGCAGUACAUGUGAGACAGGUGGCUUUGAACAUUUGCUAUAAUGGUGCUAUAAGAGUAUACAGUGAUUUAUUUGUUUUGGGAAUUGCCUUGGGGGAUGGGGAUUAAAGCAUAGUUGACUGGUGAAAAAAGGAACUUGCAGCUAAAAAUGAACGUAAACUAGUUCCUUUUUUUGGAUGAUUAACUAAGUUCAGAUUUUUAUGAACAACACUAUGAACAUGAAGUAGCUCAUGUUAAUUGGUGUAAACUGAACUUUGAAGUAGGUCAUUUUCUGUGUGAGCUGGCACAACACUACCACCAGUCUCUUUAAAUAGUGAAGGUCACACACUUCCUGUGCAAUCAUUAUAGACCUCUGUGCACUGUAAAGAGGACCUAGCACCUUGCACUUUUGUAUUUGGCACUUACACAGUAUGCUUGUCUUUAAAUACCUCUGUGUGUUUUAUUCCUAUUACUGAUGUUUGUUUUUGAUUUAUGUGUUUACAGCAACCUGCUAACCUGGGACUGGGUUAGGAAAUUAGCCACCAAUUUGUGAAUUUCCCAGUUUGGGAUCAAUAAAGUCUAUUGGGACUGGGGUUGGAAAUUAGCCACCUGGUUGUGAACGUUUAAUAAUGCAUAUUGUCCCAUUUUUUUAAUCAAUCUCAAAUCUUAAUCCUUUAUAUGAACUGUGGCCUGUUCAUUACCCGUUUGUUUUGCCAGCACUUGCCAUGUGAUGGCAUGCAAUGUCAUCAUUGGUUCUCAAAAUUGUGAAAUUUGUGUAGAGGGUUAAGAGGAAGUGACUUCCUCUUAGAUAAGUCUCUCUUGCCUACCAUGUUUCACUAAGACAAUCAUGAUUCAAGCGGCUCUUUUUCACUCUUUUAACUUUCUGAUAUCACACAGGAAAUCAACGUUAACUAUCAGCAAACGGUUCAUACUACAGUGCGCCACAAGUCUGCCACUGGGUAAGUUGGAGUUUGGCCUUUUUCUUAUUGAUAAAUUAAAUCGUUUAUUCUUAAAGCCUGGGAUGUUUUAUGUAUGGCUUUAGUAAAUCUAUUAAAUUAAGACAGCUUUUCCAAUUUCCCAUACUACACAAACCAGUCCUGAAAUGUACUAAAACUUGUUUAAAAACUAAAGUGAUAUUCAUUGAAGUGAUGAAAUUUGAUACCACAUAUUUAUUUACAGAUAUUGGACAGUACUGAGUGUGUGAAAGCAGCCAAAAGCAACAUGAAGCACAAUUUCGGUGACUGUGAGAGGUUUCAGAUUGCCUUGCUGCCUUCUGUGUAUGGAGUUGAGUUUAUCGUUGCCCUGGCGGGAAACCUGUUCGCCCUGUGGCUGCUGGUGGUCAGAGAGAGGAAGAACUGGCACACUGGAGUUGUCCUGUCUUGCAACCUGGCAAUAAGUGACCUGCUGUAUGUUCUGACCCUGCCUCUGCUGAUAGUCUACUACGCACUCGGGAAACACUGGGUGUUUGGGGACUCUGUCUGCAAGAUUGAAAGAUUUCUUUUCACCUGCAAUCUGUAUGUGAGCAUCUUCUUCAUCAUGGCCAUAAGUGUGAAUCGGUGUGUGGCCCUCGCAUGGCCCUUCUUUACCAGAUCCCACGUAAGACCUGCCCACGCAAAGGCCGUCAGCAUCGUCAUCUGGAUCCUUGUGGGAGUCAUUUCCUGUCCUGUGUUGAAAUUUGCUUCAGUUUGCCCUAAUAAGUACAAUAACAACACAUUGUGUGUGUCUUUCUGUGAAAAGAGUCAAGGGAAGGAAAGCCCACAUGUCACUUACAGAAUCUUUCUUGCUGUGUUUGGGUGCCUAGUUCCCUUCUUGGUUACUUUCGCUUCUUACUGCGUGGUUAUUUGGGUGGUUUGGAAAAAUGUCAAUAUAACCACACUGGAGAAACGUAAGGUAGCCCUGUUAGUCUCAUCAGUCCUCGUGCUAUAUGCCAUUUCUUUUCUUCCUUACCAUUUCUUUCAAAACUAUCACUUGUAUCUAAAAAAACGGGACCCUGACAAGUCUGGCUGCUGGGUGUACGACAUGUAUCAAGUGUCAAAGGGACUGGCAACUCUGAACAUGUGCAUCCAUCCAAUCCUUUACAUGGCUGUGUUUGACAGUAUAAGAGUAGCUUGUUGUGGAAAGAGCCAAGAGGACGACUACCAGGAGGGAACGAGAAAAUAGAAAGGCCUGAGGAUGGUGUUUAUCAGCUUUUUUAUAUAACAUGAUUGUACCAUGACUUAAAAUGUGGGCAGAUUUUACUUAAUUACAAGAUUGUAAAACACUUGCUCUUAUCUCUUGACUUGUUUUUGUGGGUUUUGUUGGAAGUUAUUUUUGUGCUAACUCUGUUAUAUAAAAAUAUAUUUUUGAGAUGUUUUUGUAGGUGUAAUUUUUCUUGUUUGAGUUUUUUAAUGCUUCUAAAUGUACUUAUUGUAUGACCACUUUAAAUCACAUCAGCGAGUAAGAAUUUGAGCAGAGUAAUUACAGAUGUGAUUAUUGUCUAGAAUUGAUUAAAUGUGUACUUAUAUGAUAAACAACAUGAUCAAAUUUGAUGUGAAAGACAUUAUCUAAAAAAUCAGUACAAGAAAAAGGAUACAAGUAGUGGUCUAUGAGGAAGUGGUUUUUAACAUUUUAAGUGAAGCAACAGACAUCAAAAUGACAUGGCUAGAAAAUCAGUUUUUGUAGGGGGUGUAGCAGCAGAUCACAAAUUUCACAACUCUGACCAGAUCACAGAUUUAGACUUCGACAGACUAUUAUUGUCAUUCAUAUGUAUUUUUAUCUAUUAUACGCUUUUCAACUGGUACAAUAACUCUUUUAUUAUUAUCGCAUAUAACUGCUACAAAGAUGUUUUGUAAAAAGCCAUUUUAACAUGAGAAUGUCUUUAAGUGAUUCAGAACAUUCACAGCUGUAUUCUUGAAAAGAAAAAGUAACACAUUUCAACAAUCUGAACUGAAACUCUGAUCCUCUCAUCAGACUCCUUUACUUUCUCAGUUGAGCCCCUGGCUUAACUUAUCCCUGAACUACUAUGAUGAAGUUAAAAUGGUGGACUUUUAUGUGAGGGUUUUUGACCUCAUGUUGUAGCUCAUAGAUACAAUUGAUGUACUAAACAAAUUUUAAAUGAUCCUUUUUUUGACUGAACAUAAUUCUCAUAAAACUUAUGACAGACUAAAUUCACUUUCAAGAGUGAAAAAAAUAUUUUGAAAUAAAUGUCUAACCCCUUCACCCAUGUGCUUCUAACCUUCACAGACUCCGUGAAUUGAUGCCCAACUCCUAAAUUUCUUUUACCAUUUUCAAUCAACAGGGGGUGGCUCAACUUACCCCAUUCUCUCCUACAGCAGAUUUUAUAAGACAAUGGUAAUAAUAAAAAAUGACCUUUAUUGUGAA